AUGGCCGACAUCGAAGGCAACGAAAAGUCGAUCGACAUCCACAACCUCCCCGGCCGACGCUCUGUGUCCCCCGUAGACAGGUCCGGAAAGCGAGCCUCUGCCUCGACCACACGAGCCGCGCAAAAGAUCCUCGAGCACAGCAGCGAUGCCGACGAGGCGAUGAAGGCCUUUGCCAACGGCGAGGUCGUGCAGAUCGACGAGGCGACGAACAGACGCCUCCUGCGCAUCAUCGACUGGCAUCUGAUGCCCCUGCUGUGCGUCAUCUACGGGCUGAAUUUCCUGGACAAGACGACGCUCUCGUACGCGAGCAUCAUGGGGAUCAAGACAGAUAUCAACCUCGUCGGCGACGACUACCAGUGGCUGUCGAGCAUGUUCUACUUUGGCUAUCUCGCCUGGGAAUACCCUACGAACCGCCUGCUGCAGCGGCUGCCGCUGGCCAAGUAUUCUGCCUUUUGCGUCAUCGCGUGGGGGACCGUGCUGGCGUUGUUUGCGACGGUAUCCAAUUUCGGCGGCGCCGUGGCUGUGAGAUUCUUUCUAGGAGUCAUGGAAAGCGCCGUCACGCCCGGCUUCGCAUUGUUCACGUCGCAAUGGUACACCAAGCGCGAGCAAGGCACGCGCACGGGCAUCUGGUUCUCGUUCAACGGGUUCGGGCAGAUCUUUGGCGGUCUCGUCGCGUACGGCAUCGCCGUCGGGUCGCGCAAGACCGGCUCCGCCAUCGCGCCGUGGAAGAUUGUGUUUCUCGUCAACGGGUUACUAACUGCCGCGCUGGGCGUCGUCUUCCUCUUCGUGAUACCCGACAACCAGCUCAACGCGCGGUGGUUGAAGCCGCGCGAUCGCAUCCUGGCUGUCGAGCGGGUGCGCGUCAACCAGCAGGGCAUCGGCAACAAGCACUUCAAGUCCUACCAGUUGAAGGAAGCGCUGCUGGACCCCUUGACCUGGGCCUUUGUGUUCUAUGCGCUCGUCGCGGAUAUCCCCAACGGGGGAAUCACCAAUUUCUUUUCGCAGCUGAUCGUCUCGUUCGGCUACACCCCUGAACAGUCCCUCCUGUACGGCACGCCCGGCGGCGCCGUCGAAGUCGUGGCCCUCAUCUUCUGCGGCUGGCUAGGCGACCGGCUGGGCCAACGCAUCCUCGUCUCGAUGGGCGGCCUGUGCAUCGCGCUGCUGGGAAUGAUCCUCAUCGUCGCCCUCCCCUUGUCCAACAACUCCGGCCGGCUGGCAGGGUACUAUCUGACCCAGGCCUCGCCGACACCUUUUGUGGCUCUGCUGUCCCUGAUCGCGACUAACGUUGCGGGUUAUACGAAGAAGACCACCGUCGCGGCGUGCUACCUCAUCGGGUACUGCGUCGGGAACAUCAUCGGGCCGCAGACCUUUCGGCCGGAAGACGCCCCGCAGUACCGGUCCGCCGAGAUCACCAUUAUUGUGUGUUAUGGGACGUGUUUGCUCGAUCUGGCGUUCAUCUGGUGGUAUUGUCGGCGGCAGAAUCGGAAGAAGGAGGCCCAGCGCGCGGAGCCGGGCUAUGUCAAGUUGGAGAAUCAGGAGUGGCUCGACUUGACGGAUAAAGAGAACCCCGAGUUCGUGUACAGUCUGUAA